CACACCAGCCAAUUUUGGAAUAAAAAAUUAGAAUGCAAAAUAACAAUAUGCCAGUGUAACGUUUCAUACGUGACUAGCACUUGUGGACAAUGUUUGAAUAGGAUAAGGGGUAACUGGUAAGAUAGGGGUUAAAGGUUGAAAGUGAUUGUAUGAAAAAGAGACAGACCUGGUGGAAGAGUUUGUUCACUGGGGAGAGAGUGGGACUGUUCUCUGUUCAUCAUGGAUUUCUCACCUGGGGUUCUGAUCCUGUGUUCUCUGUUGUGUUCAGUGGCUGGUCAGGCUCCUGUCAUCUCAGUGGAGCCCCGGGCUGCUACUGUGCGCCAAGGGGAGUCUGCCAGCUUUAGAUGCCAGGUGGCAAGAGGUGCACAGCCAAUCCAACUGGAGUGGAGGAGAGCCAAUAACCAAGCAUUACCAGACAAUGCUAAGACUGGUCCAGAUGGCUCUGUGCUGACUGUUGCUAACGCCCGACCUGAAAACCAGGGCCAGUAUCGCUGCGUGGCAGCCAACUCUGCAGGCCGCAGCACUGCCGCGACUGUGCUGAACGUCAAACAUGCUCCUAAAGUACACCUGACACCAGCCGGGCCCCUGCGGGUCAGGAUGGGUUCCCCUGUGUCAGUGGAGUGUCGUGCCACAGGUAGGCCACGCCCCACGUUGACCUGGAAACGCCAAGGCUCCACCCUGCAGCUGGUUACCAAGGAGACGAAUGAUGUCAACACAAUACAGUGGCCUGCAGUGCAUCCAGAGGACUCAGGAGUUUAUAUUUGCCAGGCUGAAAACAAUGAGGGGGUGACAGAAGUCAAAGUUGAGGUUAUUGUUGAGGGGCAGCCGGGAGCACCGGUGGCUUCAGUGGGCGCUACAGAAAUGACAGUGGUGGAGGGACGUACAAUCACAAUGGAGUGUCAGGCCAGUGGUUCCCCUCUUCCUGUCAUCACCUGGUCCAAGCUGCGAGCACCACUGCCAUGGAAACACACAGUGGUCGGUGGAGUUUUGACACUGACCAGCGUGGGGCGCCAAGAUUCAGGACAAUACAUCUGUAACGCUACCAACAUUCAUGGCUACAGUGAAGCAUACACGCAAAUGGAGGUGGAGAGUCCCCCGUACGCCACCUGCCUGCCCGACCAGGUUAGGCUCCAGCCCGGAGAUACCCUGCGCCUGCAGUGCCUUGCCCACGGCACUCAUCCCAUUCACUUUGAAUGGAGCCGGGGGGGCAGGGUGAGCCUGCCUCCAGGAGCAGAGACCACAAAGGAUGGUAAGCUGCUGAUAGCCCACGUUAAACUGAGCGACAGUGGAACGUACAAAUGUGUGGCCUCCAACCAUAUCGGCAACAGUGAGGCACUGGCCAAAGUCAUCAUAAAAGCUUAAUCCAUUGCGGCCACACUGUGUCUGAUUGACAAACCAUCUAUGCAGCGCUUACAACUUCUUCAAGCCAGAUGGCUAAUACUGAGAAAACAGAGAAAAUAAUAUUUAAUAGAUUCUUAUAUUCUGAUGUUGAAAGUGAAAGAUAUCACUGCUGUUUAAACUUUUGAUUUUAUUGCACAUACUGUAUGGGGUUAACUUUGUACUUUUAUAGAAAACUGAUACUGUCACCAUUGUUGCUCCUGUCUCAUAUUGCCCGUUGAAAAGCUUUUCCCUGGAGCUCAGUGUGGACUGACGUGUGUGGGAGUUUGUUCUGCUGGAAUGCCUCUGCACCCUGUCUGCCUUCCUUCCUGUCAUCUGCACAGUCCACACUGUUGCACUUCCAAAAUUGAAAGGAGGACACAAAACAAAGAAAAAAACUGAUCUAAUAUAAAACCCCUCAUUAUGCCAAUACAUAUCAAAACAAUAAAGACAAAAUAAAAACAAUUUCAAUGAAA